AUGGACAUUUCAGGAAGUUGCGAUGGUCGAACGUUUGCUUUUGAGAAGUUCGCUCAUCUUCAGGCGAUAAACGAGGAGUUCAUUCUGGAUUCGAGUGUUGACGAAACGAUGGAGAACUGUUUGGAAAAAUGUCACGAAAGGACAGAUUGUCGAGCUACGCAGUACAGUCACCGAAACGGUUCAUGUUUUUUGCUCAGAGCGUCACCGAAUACCGUAUACAAUUUGAGGAAAAGCUUUACCUUUAGUAACGAUGUGGAUCUUUAUGAGAACAACUGCGUCGAAGUCCCAGUGUCGGCAUCUAAAUGCAAUUUUAUGCGAUUUGGAUCAGCUGGUUUUACUGAUUCCUACGACGAAAUUGUACCCAAUCUUGAUAACGUGGAAGAAUGUGAAAUGGUGUGUCUUACCAAGACGAAAGUAGCUGAUCCUUGUAGGUCCUAUACUUAUGACAAAUCAUCACGUUCUUGUUACAUCAGUCACUACGAUGGAAGAUCGUUUGGGCAAAGUCCACUCAGUAGUCAAAAUUCGAAUCUCACAUAUGGUUCACUUGAUGACUGCAUAGAUUUCGCUUUGAAAUGUCGGAAUGACGAGCUUGAAAUCCAUGGAUCAUCAAUGCGAUUGUUUAGUGGUUUUAUGAGGACAAAGCACCGAAAAAACACCAUAUGUGAGAGAAAAAUUGACUCAUUGUACGAGUUCAAAGUUCUGAUGCCAUAUGAGGAAUGCGGUAUCAACAAGACAAUGCUACCGUAUCCAUCGUACAACGGUUUAGUGCAUGUGAAAGAAGGCAGUACAAAUCUUGUAACAAUUCGUGAUAAACUCUUACAGGUUCAGUGCCGUAUACAUUCACAAGUGGAAAGCAAUGAUUUCAAGUUAAUGGCUCAAAUGGACAUUCAGGACUCAAAUCGAAGCGAACGAGUGCUCUGUGUUAUUCACGAUUCUGUCAUUGGAAUUAGUCGAGUGUCACCACAAGAAAUUCGCUAUAAAAUCAAUUUUGGUGGAUUUAAUGAGAAAACACAGCUCAUCUAUCAGGCUUUAGUAGAAACGUGUUCGUUUGACUGCUCGCCGAAGUGCAAUGAGAAGCUAUGGUUAGAUGCCGCCGCCAACCAAAUAGAAGAAGACGAUAAUUCGAUUCGUAUACGUCGAACGAUUGGACUUAGGCAGCUCGAGCUUACCCAAGAUAUCUAUAAGGUACAUGGUAGCCGGAUUACAGUACUCGCCACUCUCAGUUCAACACCUGUAACUGAGUCUUUCAAGUUUCAAAAUGAACGUCUACUGACAUCUAAAGGUCAACAACUGCUUCGUAAUGAUGAAGUACACCAAUGGCGCUCAUUUCGUGGUUUCCAUGAAUUGACUUCAACACAAAUACAGUACGAGUUGAACGGACAACCAAAACUGAAUGCAACUCAAAUGGACUAA